AUGGCUGUUAUCAAAGAGAAGGCAGAGUUCUGCACUCUCAUGGUCGACGAGCUCUACGGCCAACUCCCCGCGAGAGUAUAUGCGACCCUUUUUCAGCGAGGAAAGCUCUCGAUCCGCCUCAUCACCCAGUUCUCCAAACUCAACGCCCGCCAAGUCAAGAAUGGCCUCUGCGUCCUCCAACAACACAACCUCCUCUUUUAUACCGUCGAUGCCAACUCGGGCGAGGCCGAGUACUCGGUAAACCAUGAAUCCGCCUACAACCUCGUGCGCGCCGGCAAGAUCCUCGAGAUGGUAGACAACAGCUACGGCCCCGCCGGCCGCGACGUCAUGCAGAAUCUCCUGCUCCUCGGACAGACCCGAGUCUCCGACUUGGUAGCCGCCUACCAGGCAAAGAUCAACCUCGCCAACGACGAAGACGCAUGGUUGGACGACAAGAAGCCCGAGCUCGUGAUCAAGAGCAAAGCACAACUCAACUCGGUCCUUUGCCGACUCAUCGAGGCCGAGUUGGUCGAUGUCAUCCACAGCAAGACAUUCCAGAGCGCCCACGAGAUUGAGAAGCAAGUACACAAGGAGGUCAUGGACGUUUACUUCCCCAACGGCAUCAAGGGUACAAAGGCCAAGGUUGAAUUCGAACAGAAGGUGGCGGAGGGUCUUCGCAAGGUGCGCGAGGAGUCCAAGACCCUUAAGCGCAAGCUGGCCCAGAACGGGGGAGCGAGCAAACGUAGGAAGCUGGCUGUUGGAAAUGAGACAAACGGAGCUCCGGAAGAGGAGGAGGACUUGGAUCCGGCAUUGGAUCCCCGACAAGUCAUCCGCAUCAACUACGAAAAGUGCAUCGUCGAACUACGCAGCCGCCGCCUUGUCCAAUACGUCAGCGAGACCAUCGGAGAAAUGACAGCAUACGUUUACGGUCAAGUGCUCAAGCAGCUGACCAAGAACAUUUCGCGCUGUAGGCCAGACCCUCUCAUGGACAGCUUGACGCUAGAAGAGGCGAAGGAGACGCCCUCGGUCACAACAAACGAAAUUCUUGACAAGGUCAAGACCUCAGUCGACCUCACACUCGGAAUUGGCAAGAUCCCGGGCAAGUCGAUUUCGAAAUCAGCAGCGGAGAGACUCAUCCCGUUUGCUCCAAAGGACAAGAUUCCUUUUAUGAGCCAAGAGGACAGCGAUGAUGACGACGAGGAUGGCGACUACAGCGACAGCGACGAAGAGAUGGACACCAAGAAGGAAAAUGGAGAUGCGCCGGUCGCCAGGAUGAGCCGACCUGAGCAGCUGCGGCAACACCUCUUGCUGCUGGCUGAGAGUCAACCGGGCUUUGUUCGUCACUGCGGAGAGGAUGAGUGGACGGUCGACUUUAAGCCUCUAAUGGAGAACCUCCGGGCGACGGAACUUGACUCGAUCAUCGAACAAACGUGCGGUCGUCAGGGGCUCAGGUUAACACGCAUCCUCCGCACCAAGGGCAAGCUAGGCGAGCAAGCCCUCCAGUCUCUCAGCUUGAUGCGCAAGGUCGACCUCCAGCAAAAGAUGUUGGAAAUGCGUCUCGCCGGCUUUGCCCAUACGCAGGAAGUGCCCCGCGACAACAAGGCCGAUCCCAAGAAGUCCAUCUUCCUCUGGUACUGCGAUACGGAGCAAGCCUACAGCGGGCUGAUUGCCAAGUGCUACGCAACCAUGGUGCACUGCUUGCAGGUGCUGGAGGUGCGUCGGCAAAAGGAGAAGGCGGUGCUGUCCCUUGCGAAGAGGACGAACGUCAAGGGCAAAGAGAAGGAUAUGAUGCGUGACGAGUCGUACGCAAGGUUUGCCAAGUUCUUGAAGGACGAGAAGCUGCUUAUGGCGGAGGUGAUGCGGAUCGAUGAUACCUUGGCUCUCUUACAAGACUUUUAG